GGUCAUAAUUGUGCGAUUUUAUCACUAUUUUGUGUUAUAUACAUAUACAAGACAGUGUACUUUAUUUCUUGUAUUUUGUUUUAAAUCUGUAAUACUCUGUAAACUUUAAUCCAUUCGAUUUAUUUGACACCAAACAAAACCGCUUUCCAGAUGCAUCAACACCACUUCUUCGUCUCCCCCACCCCUUUUUUGUUUUCUCAGUUCUGCUUUUCCCUGCACACCCACUUUAUUCUGUCUAGGUUUAGCGUUGUAUUAUAUGUAGAAAUCCACUUUCACUUUCCUUUUUCCAAACAGUCAACUACACCUUUUCCAAAACCGAGUCCCAGUUUGUUUUUAGACUUUUGCUUUUUGCUAGAUUUUUUUUUCACCCUGUUCCAGUGUGUGCCUCCCUGCUCCUUUUUUAAAAAAAACCAACUUUGUUUAUUUAUUUAGUUCUUUUAUUGUCAACAGUCUUUUUCUGCAUUACUUUCAACCAAAGACUUUUUGCUUUCUUCCCGCCUGUUUCUUGUUUGUGUCUCACUGCUUACUUCACAUCUCCCUCAGAAGCCCAUUUCCCUCAAUACUUUCAACAAAAGUUUCACUUCUUGGUCAUGGAUGAUUUCGUAAGAAACAAACUGGUUGAAUGGGGGCUAAGUGAGUUGGUGGAGAAAUUUAAAGAUGAACAAAUCGAUGCAGAAAGUCUGCGUGUCCUUGAUGAUCGAGAAAUUGAUAAUUUGAUCCCAAAAGCUGGACCAAGAGUGAAAUUCAAGAACAACCUCAAGCUGUUAAAGGAAGAACAAAACUCAAAUCAGGAAACAGUCAAUUCUGUUCAACAGUGUGAACAGGAGCAUGAAGAAGCAGCUGAUGUGGUUCAGGUCUUGCCAUCCACAAGUGAUACAGGAAAGAGAAAAUCAGACGUUCAAAGUAACCCCAGCAGGUUGCAGUCACCAGCUAAGCAACAGCGUCUGUCAAUGCCAGGAUUUGAAGAAUCAAUCAUACUGUCUGAUGUGAAAAACACCAUGACAUUUGUACAUGCCAGACUAAAUGACCAAGACAAACUCAGUGCUUUCUUGAAGAAAAAGAUCAGUGAUUUGGAGAUAGACAAGAGGGAGCUGGUUGGUGUCUUUGGUAAAACCGGGGCUGGAAAGAGCUCUUUGAUAAAUGCCAUCAUCAAAGAGAAGAAUCUUUUACCCUCAGGAAGUGUCAAUGCCUGCACCUCAGUCAUGACCAAAGUGGAAGCUAACACACGUAGCUCAAAGUAUGAGGCAGAAAUUGAGUUCAUCACAAAGGAGGAGUGGAAAGAUGAGUUGUGGUCAUUUCGUCAGUUUCUUGACAAUAAUGAAAAUCAGGAAAAGGAAGACGAUGAUGAUUAUCGUGAUGCUGUCGAAAAGCUGUCAGCGCUGUACAGAGAAGAAUGGAAAGAGAAGUCCUCUGAAAACCUCAUGGAGAACAAAUAUUUUAAAGAAAUUCCAGAAUUUCUCCAAUCCAGGCGAAAGAUAUUGAGAUGUGAAUCAGCUAAUGAACUUUCUGCAAAAUUUGUCAAGUACACAAGAAGUGAUUCAAAACAAGAAGAAGGUAAUGAAGGAAAAAAGUGGUUUUGGCCACUAGUGAAGUGUGUGACUGUCAGGGUGCCAAACAAGCCUCUUCUCCAGCAUGUCACACUUGUGGACCUUCCUGGAAAUGGAGACUGUAACAAGAGCAGAGAUCAGAUGUGGAAAGGGAUUGUUGGAGAUUGUUCUACUGUGUGGAUUGUGACUGACAUUAAUCGAGCAGCAGCAGAGAAAGAGGCCUGGGAGAUCCUGGAAAGUGUCAGCAGUCUGAUUGGAAAUGGUGGCGAAUGUAGGCAAAUUCACUUUAUCUGCACCAAGUCUGAUCUUCUUGAUGAUUCAGAUGAUCUUUCACGAGCUGAUAUCCAUGAUCGAAUAGUAAUAAGAAACCUGCAAGCCAAGGAUGGAGUAAGGAAAGAAUUCAACAAGCGAAGCAAGAUUAAGAAACACUUCACUGAUGACAGUUUCAAAGUGUUCACAGUGAGCUCCAAAGAGUUCCUAAAAGGGAAGCAUCUAAGUCCAGAAGAAACUGAAAUAACCAAACUUCAGGGAUUUUUGCAAGAGCUCAAUGACUGUCACUCUGAGACAGUAAACUAUGUGAGUGGAGCUUAUGGGAUUCUGUCUUUGAUUCAAGGAGCCAACUCUGGAGGAGUGGAUGAUAAAAAAGGUGAGGUGUGUGAAGAACUUGAGAGAAACAUGAUCCUUCAACUUGCAAAUAUCAACAAAAAAACGGAAGAGACCUAUACGGCCUUUGAAAAAUGUCUUGAUGAUGGCGUUGAGAAAUCCAAAGGUUCAUACGGAGAAAAACUCAAGAGCUUCUUGUAUCAUGGAAAGAAGGGUGGUGCUUUUCACGGGGUACUGAAGUGUGUCGUUGAGAAUGGUGGCAUCCACAAACCAAAGAACGGGACCCUAAUAAACCUUAACAUGAAGUUGGCUUCAUGUCUGACUGACAGCAUUGAUGAAGAAUUCAGAAAGACCUUCCCAAAUGACUCAGAAUGUGGAGCAUUCAACGGAGUCAUCAAGACUUUUACACUUAACACUGAUCCUCUGAUUGAAAAGUACAAAAAUGCUGAACUGCAGCUCAGAUUUCUCAAGACAGAGGAAAAAAAAAUUAAGGCAAAACUGAACAGAAUCAUCCGGGAACAGAAGAAAAAAGUCUACAGCAGUCUGACAGAGACAAUUGAGAACAUUAUGGAAGAAGGCUACAAGAAGGCUGCAGAAUUUAGAGGAACAGGCAUGCUGUACAACAUGAGGGAGACUAUUAAGAACCAUGUGCACUCAAAGAAGGACAUGUUUGAGCAGGCAAAAAAUACCAUGUUGGAGAAGUUGCACAGUUUAAUGAGAGACAUCCUGGAGACUCUGGAGGAAACUAUGAAGGAAGCCUUUGAACUUUCAUUCAAGACUGAUGGGAGCUCACUCCCAGAUGUUUCAACAGAGCUUGGUAUGGUGAAGAAACGUUAUGAUGAACUUGCAGCCACUCCAGAUGAUGAAGUGUCCCUUACUGGGUAACUCCUAAUAUGUUAUCAAUGAUUUGCUGACCAGGUAGAAACUGCAGAAACCUGGACACAAACAGGUCUUCCCAGAGGAAGUAUUGUUUAAAACAAAAAACCAUCUGAUUUGGUCUCAAUCCUUUUCAGUUGUUUUUGUUUGGCCUCUUUAAAAGUUUUUUGGUGACAUUUGACUUUGUGAAUGUUAUUAUAAGUGAUUCUGGAUUUUUAUUUCUGUAAGACAUCUGUCUCUUUAAAUGUUUUAAAUCUUGAGGCUAGCAGAGACGUUUGAGGAAAAGCUGAAAGAGAUUUACAUUACAUCACUCUACAUAUAUUUCAAUCUACUUUAAUGCUUUUAUUUUAUGAGUUUAGUUAUGGUUCAUUCAAAUGACAAUGACAAUUAUAUAGCACAUUUCAGUACAUGUAAAAUCGGUCUACUUAACACAGAAAGUAAAAACAUGGCAACACUUUAUAAUACAGCCAAUGACUAACGCGUAAUUUCCUUGUAAAUAAAUGGAAUAUCAAUGUAUUUCAUCUAAAAUUGCAAUUAAAAUUGUAAUUGUAUGUACCUACAAAUAUUUAAAGGUAACAAGUCAUCCAGACCAUUGUUUUAAGAUUUUUAGUAUUAUAAUCUAAUGUCUCCUACAAUUGAUCUUGUAAACAUUGAUUGGUCAGUUAGGGUAAGUAGCUCCAUCUCCAUGCAGCUACAGGACUAGUUUUAUCCCUCUACAUUGUGUCCAUCUUUUCCUCCAAUAAAUGUUUAAUUUCAGUAGUUCUUUUCAUUAUGGAAUUAACUGUCUGAUUAUGAGAUUUAAAGUAGUUUUUCAUCUCAACCUUUCACACACAAAUAUGUGUUUCUGACAGGUUUUCAUACAUUAGAGCCACAGCAGAGGGUGUUUCUCUUAAAAACAAUAUCUGAAUUAGGAUUUGAUGGAUUUGUGUAUGAAAAACACAACUAGUCAUCGAUUUAUUUGUAAAAGUUAAAGUUUGUCUUUUUUUCCAAGGACACAUUCACACUUCUUGUCAUGCGCUUUUAAUUGUUGCUUUCUUGUUCCCUACAAUCUUUCUGACCUGUCAUCUAUGUUUAUUCUUCACAAAAAAUAUUAUUUAUAUGAACAUUGUUUUGGCAGUAGCAUCAGUGGACUCUGUUGUGAUAUUUUGACAACACUGUGUGCUGUUGACAGAAUUUGAGUUUGUCUAAGGUGCGCCUCUGUCAAACCUAACAGCCGUUGUUGUUGUUGCAGGUCUUUCCAAGUAUUCUAUGCCAUUUGAGUCCCCACAAAAGAACUGAGUGUAUUUUGUAUAAAAAUAUAUUAUCACAUUAUUUCUAAAAGCUUGUCUUACAAUGUUAAUCCCCAAUUUACCUUAGAAAUCAAUUAUACUUUUGUUUGGGGGGUUUUUUAAAGCACAAAUAUCCUGAAAUGCCAUGUCCAGUCAUUUUUGUUCAAGUUCAGUUUUUAAUAUAAGCUAUAAAAAUUAAAAACAAUUGUAUACCCUUACUCAUAAUAUUAUAGCCAGAUGUUAUUUUAAUUCUAUAAAUACAUUUUCAAUACUUAGUCUUUGAAAUAAGUCCCUGAAUUGGCUGUAACCCCCAUUACUCUUACUCUUAGGGGCAUUGGUUUUUUUGUUGUUGUUAUUUUUGUUUGUUUUCUUUUCUCUUUUAAUGGAAAUCAACUUUUCUUUUUUAAAGAACCAGAAUAAAUAUCAGUCUUUCAUCAA